CGGCGGUUCGCUCGCUCGCUCGCAUCCCGGCGGCUUCGGGGCUCCGGGGCCGAGAGCUCGGCGGCGGCGGCGGCCGACAGGAAUCAAGAAGUCCCGACUCCGGAAGGCAGUGUGAGCAAGGAUAGUGUUUUCUGGAACCCUGACAUCAGUGCUUCCUCUCUGACUAAGAAUGAAUGUUCACCAGGGCAGUGAUGGCGACAGGUUAUUGCAGCCAGAGCUCAGCUGCCUAGGAGAUGAGACCUUAGCUGCCACUCCCGAGAAAGAAAGCAUCAGCGUGGUGUCCUCUGGACCUCACAUUCUCACUUACCCCCUAGCUACCAGGAAUGAAGACUUUGCAUUUGACUAUGCCCUUCAGCCAGCAAGCCUCCAGUGUCCUCACAUAAUGCCACUCCCUGAAGACAGCAAGGGCUCCUGCUUCCAGAGUGGAAGCAAGCGGAUCCACGAGCCCUUCACCGUGUCAGAGAGAUUUGGAAACAGCGGCCUAGGCUUUGGAGGUGGCUCUCACCCCCAGGCCCCAGAGAAGGUGACUCUUCUUGUAGAUGGCACACGUUUUGUGGUGAAUCCUCAGAUUUUCACUGCUCAUCCGGACACCAUGCUGGGAAGAAUGUUUGGACCGGGAAGAGAGUACAACUUCACAAGGCCCAAUGAGAAGGGCGAGUAUGAGAUUGCAGAGGGCAUCAGUGCCACCGUGUUCCGCACAGUGCUGGACUAUUACAAAACUGGCAUCAUCAACUGUCCCGACGGCAUCUCUAUCCCAGACCUGAGGGACACGUGCGACUACCUCUGCAUUAACUUUGACUUCAACACUGUCCGCUGUCAAGACCUGAGUGCUUUACUUCACGAGCUGUCCAAUGAUGGUGCCCACAAGCAGUUUGAUCACUACCUCGAGGAACUGAUUCUGCCCAUCAUGGUGGGCUGUGCCAAGAAAGGGGAGCGAGAGUGCCACAUUGUUGUGCUGACGGAUGAGGAUUCUGUGGACUGGGACGAAGACCACCCCCCACCCAUGGGAGAAGAGUAUUCCCAAAUUCUUUACAGCUCCAAGCUCUACAGGUUCUUCAAGUACAUCGAGAACCGAGAUGUCGCUAAAGCAGUGUUAAAGGGGCGGGGCCUGAAGAACAUCCGCAUCGGCAUUGAAGGCUACCCCACCUGUAAAGAAAAGAUCAAGAGGAGACCUGGCGGGAGGUCUGAAGUGAUCUACAAUUACGUGCAGCGCCCCUUUAUCCAGAUGUCAUGGGAAAAAGAGGAAGGGAAGAGUCGCCAUGUGGAUUUCCAGUGUGUUCGCAGCAAAUCCCUCACUAACUUGGUGGCUGCUGGAGAGGAUGUCUUAGAAGACCAGGAGAUAAUAAUGCACCACCCACCGCAAGUGGACGAACUUGACCGCUUAAACGCUCCACUCUCUCAGAUGGCUCCUAAUGACUUCCAAGAUUAGGGACAAAAGGGAUCUGCCCUUCGUCAGAGCUCUUCUCUCUGUGGGUACCCCCAACCUGGCUUCCCUGUCCUCUUGUGGGUCCUCACCCCACGGAGAUGCUUCCUCCUAUUUCCAUCCCUCUCAGUUAUUACCCUGCCCUUUUCUGAGUCUGCCUCUGGCCGGGUGGAGAAGCUCUCUGGUAAAUAGGUGACCAGCUUAGCCAGCCCUGGUAAUCAACCAUUUGGAGUCUGGUGCUGUUGGUGGAGUCUUAUACAACUGCAGGAGAGGAAGUGGAUUCCUGUCGCCUCACGGUUGGCACAGUGGCCCACACCCUUUACGGCUGGCGGGUGGGUUUUGCAUCAGACAAAUUGCUUAAUGAUAGCAAAAGGACCAAAUGUCAAAGCAAACAGUCUGUGUGCUGGGGCAGGUGUGCCCCGCUGAGGAGGUGUGCCGGGUGGAUGAAAGGCAGUUCCUGGGUGCUGCACCCAGAUGUCAUCUGGAUAGAAUGGCUUUAAGGAACCCCGAGAGCUGAGGUUCCUCAGCUCUCUUUUCAUUAGCACGGGAACAAUCCGACACAUGAGACAGGCUGCAGCGAGAAGAGAGAGCAGUGACCCUGGCCUCAGGAUUCAGAGCCCAAACUGACGCUUCAUGUGGAAGAAAACUUGGAAAUGAGGUGGCAGAAAGACUCCAGAUCAGGCCAGCGGGACCUGUACCCUGGGACAGCGAGGUGCUGUGGGUGUGGUGGGAAACCCGGUACCUUCCUGUGAGCUCCAGGGAGGAGGGUUGUGGUGAGCUGGACGGGAAUCUUUACCUGGGCAGGUGCUGCCCCAGAGUUCUCACCGACACAUUCACAUUUUUGCUUUUUUUUUAAGGUAGCACAUGAGCUGCUCGAACAUGGUAAGAAAAUGAUACUACUGUUCUCCCCAGGGUCAGGUCUAGGCCUUGUUAUUUGGUUUGAUCUGUUCACUCUUACAUGUGUGGUAGAUGGCAAUCCAGAUCAGUCCUCAGCCCCUUCCUCUGACAUUUCCAUGGCUGUUUGCAGAGUCAAGAGCCAGACAGCAGUGUCUGGGAUUAUCUUACUUCCUGGUAGAAGUUGACCUUUGAGUCUGUCCUUGCCCUGGACAUUUUCCCAUCAUAGGUGGUGCAUGUAGCUGUCUCCUUCAAGUUCCUUAAAGAACACGGUUGGUUGUUGAAGUCGGCUCCCAUUAGGAACCGUAGACUAGACUACUCGAUGUCAGUAAAGUCAGGCGCGGGAGGCCUCUCCAGGACGGACAGCAAGAAUGUUCUUGAAAGGUCUUUUCUGUGUCGUGUAGCACCACAGUGGGAGGUGGUGAGAGAUCUUCCUUGCUCAGAAAGGAACUGAAGGGUAACUAAGCAGCCCCGGUCUUUGGGGAUCCUUGGUGUCUCGGGGAGGCUGAAGGCAGCAUCCAGAAUAUGGGUUAAGGAUGUCUGCGUCCAGAAGUUACUUCUGGGAAGUUGAUUGCCUCGUGUUGGAGGUCAGGUUCGGCCUUGACUCUGUUGGUGCUACAUGGUUGCCCGCUAGCAGCUGACUGGCCCAGGCACUGGUUCCGUGGUGCUUCCUCUGUGCUAAUCAGUGGCCACUGGAGUGUGAUUGUGUGUGUGUGUGAUGUGUGCAGUGUUGAGGUGUGAGCACAGUCCUUGUCCUUUGGAGUUGGUCACUGCCUUCGGCCUUUGAUGGACUAGGUCUUACCCUGCACCCCAAAUAAGUUAAUGUGCUGUGGCUCCAGCCACAGGGGGGUUUGAGUAGGAGGCAGGUCUAGGCUGAUGGGGACUGGGUGACAGUGACUAGAGGCUGGGACUCAGGCUUGUGGACAGGAGACUUCUUUACAUCCUCAGCCCCCCACCCACCCCCUUACCUGAAUUCCACUGUCACUGUAGUUGGGUGCCUCCCCCAGUGUCCCCCGCUCUUCCCAGAGGGGACAUUCUUGAGUGGUCCUUGCAGGAUCAAGGGCUGGGGCGCAGUCGUCAUUGUCUCUGGAGUUGGUUACUGGCUGUAUGAGUGAGAGGACUUCUCUAAGAAAAGGAUGGAUUGGGGGCUCAUGUGUCUUUUCUAAGUGCCUGAGUAAGUAAGCUGGGCUGUGCACAGAAAGUCACAUGAGAAAGUGACUUUAGCGGAGACUCCGAGCAUCUUAGCAAGAUAAAAGAUAACCUGAACUUGAGGCUUGACUGUUCAGCGUGUCCUUGUAGCCUGUGUAGUUGUCGAGAAACACCUGCCAGUGAGGAGUUGGAGAAGAGGGACAGACACAGUGUUAGAAUGUCAAAAGUGACAUGGCUCUCCCUGGUGGGAAAAGUGACGCAGAAGUCAAAGAAGACAAGGGACUGGGUGCAGUCGCCAGAGUCACUUUACCCGCCCCUCAGGAGAGGGCAGGGGGGGCAUGUGUCAGGAUGUGUCUUAGGGAGAAGAGUCUAGAGCACAGGCUUCAACCCAAACUGUGCUUCAGGGUGGUUUCUGAGUUUAGUGCCGUAUUCGCUGCCACCGAUGGCUUCCGAGGCGGGUGCAGGGGGCACAGCAGGACGUGCCACCUUCCCAGGAGGCAGAGCCCCAUUUGUGUCUGGAUGGGAUCAGUUCUGGAAACUUACAUUUUCUCCUAACGGCAAACUGCCUGAGGUUUUGCCUCUCACUCUGUAUUGACUUGGAUGUUGCACUUGUCCACCCACCAGUGUUUACGGAUCCUGUGUAUGGGAUGCUUUUUCUAUAAUAAAGUAUUUGUAUUUGUG